AUGGAUAUAUUGGACUUUGCAAAGAAAUUAAGUGCUGGCAAACAUCAUUCGGCACGUAACGAUGAUGUAUUCAUUGACCGCCUCAAUCACAGAUAUACAGUAACGAUGAUUAUAGUAUUUGCCGCUGUUGUUACAACUCAGCAAUACUUUGGUUCACCUAUAACAUGUUGGGUACCUGCUCAAUUUACGGGUGGUUAUGAAAAGUAUGCCAAUGAUAUAUGUUGGAUAAUGAAUACAUACUAUGUUCCGUUAGAACAUGAUAUACCACAUUCUGAAACAACUCGAUAUGAACGUAUGCUCAAAUAUUAUCAAUGGUCACCAUUUAUUCUUUUGUUUAUGGCACUAUGUUUCUAUUUUCCACGUAUGCUGUGGAGAUCAUUAAACAAUAAAUCAGGUUUAGACAUAGAAAAAUUAGUUGAUGCAGCAAUGAAACAAGAACAAAACGAUAAUCCAGCUGAAGAAAGAACGAAAACAGUCGACUAUAUCGUUAGUUCGAUACGUGUGUAUAUUGAUAAUCGUUACGAGGCUACAAACCAAAAUGGAUAUAAUCAACGACAUUAUCCGAAAAAAUUGUGGUAUCACUUCAUAUUUUGGCGUCAUCGCCAUUUGAGUGCAUACAUUGUUCUAUUAUUUACAUUUGUUAAAUUCCUUUUUCUUACGAAUUCCUUAUUACAAAUAUUUCUUUUGAACGCUUUUUUGGGUAAUGAAUAUCAUUUAUUUGGUUUUGAAGUUAUUGUUAAAUUUCUUCGUGGUCUUGAUUGGGGCGAAUCGAAACGGUUUCCACGUGUUACAUUAUGUGAUUUUCAUAUACGCGAAGUCGGCAUCGUUCAUCGAUAUACAGUUCAAUGUGUUUUACCGAUAAAUUUAUUUAAUGAAAAAAUUUUUCUUAUACUUUGGUUUUGGAUAUUACUAUUAGCUGCAUUUAAUAUAGGCGAUUUUAUAUCUUGGAUUUUACGUAUCGUACGUGUUGAUGGUCGUUCGGCUUAUGUACGACGAAAAUUAGCUAUGCGUGGUGCAAAUAAAUCUAAAUCGAAUGGUGAAUCCUCUGGUCCAGAACUAUCGAACGUAGAGGAAAAGCGAAUGAUUAGAUCUUUUGUUCGUGAUUAUUUACAUGAAGAUGGAUGUUUUGCACUUCGACUUUUAGCGCGUAAUGGACAAGAUAUUAUUGUAGGCGAGGUCAUUGAUAAAUUAUAUGAUGACUUUCGAAAAACGUAUCUAGCCGAACAUACAAAUAAUGAUCGUUCCAUAGCUUUUCCCAAUGGAUCAUCACGUAGUAUGCAUAAUAAUUCAUCUUAUCCAUCUGCACUGCCUCGAAAAGCAGCAUACGAAGUACCAAAUAAUGAUAAUGAACGAGGAAGUUUAAUGGAAACACCAUCAUGA